AUGAUUGAAGCUAAAUAGCAAAUACAAAAGACUGUUUAUAAAUAUUCAUACUUUCUAAACGACAUCUUAGGGGAAGGCUAUUCUUCUAAAGUGUAUAAAGGGAUACAUAAUGAUACAAAAUAGGUUGUGGCUAUCAAAGUUAUAAACUUUUAAACCUUGGUUACUCCUAUUUCAUAAAGUUUGUUAAAAAAUGAAAUAGCCAUAAUAAAGUAACUAAACCAUGAGAAUCUCAUGAAAGUAUAUGAAGCAUUUCAAACAACAAACAAUACAUAUCUCAUAUGUGAAUACUGUAGUGAUGGUGAUUUAGCAAAUAUUUUAAAGUCAACUAACUUAACAAUAAAAGAAAGUAUUGAUAUAUUUACUUAAAUAUCAAAAGGAGUAAAGGCUCUUCAUGAUUAAAGUAACUGCAUUCUUAUUAUAUUUAGAAAUAAUACAUAGAGAUAUAAAGCCUGCAAACAUUUUAAGAUUGAAUGGUAUAUAUAAAUUAUCUGAUUUUGGAUUUGCGAUUGUAGAAAAUGAUUUUGAGAGCAUAAUAAAGAAAUUUCAUGUAGGAACUCCAGUCUAUAUGGCACCAGAAACUGUUCAGUUAAAUUAGUAUUCUGAAAAAUCUGACAUAUGGUCGUUAGGAGUUGUUCUUUACUUAAUGUUAUUUAAAGAAUUGCCAUUUAAUUAAAAAAAACAAGAAGAUAUUAAGAAUAGAUAGUAAGAGGUACAUGCAAAUAUUAGAAAUGAUAGAAAUCUAUCUAAAAAAAUCUAAAAUAUUCUUAUUGGAAUGCUAGAACUAGAUCCUUUUAAAAGAUUUUCUAUAGAUUAGAUAUUAUAAAAUUUAUAAAGUUAAAAGAAAUUACAAUGUAAUUCACAUCAGAAUAUUGUCUGUAAGAUUUUAAGGAGAUCAAGUGCUCAUGCAGAUUAUCAUAAUUCAAAAUAGAUCUCAAAACCAUUAAAAACAUUACCAGUUGAAAAUAUUGAUUAAUAAAUAGUACCUAAUACAUGUAGACAUAAUUAAACAUAACGUAAUAUUGAUAUAAAUGAUCAAGAACUAUAAGAGUUAUCUAAAGGUUUUUGUUCAUAACAAUAAACUGAAAAUAAAAUAAAAGAAAAUACAAGUUCUUCUAAACGAAAAGUUUAAAUAUAAAUACCUAUUGUCUAAUCAAAUCAUAUAUAAAAAUUAGAAAAACAUAAAUAGAUUUCAGAAAAUAGUGAUUCAUAAUAAAAUGCAAAAUCUAAUAGUACAAAUGAAACUGUAAAAAACUCUUAGUCUUCUAAUCAUUAAUCUCAAAAUGCAUAAAUAAUUGUUAAUACUUUAUUUGCUAAUAUUGAAAAUGCAUUUAAUGGUACUAUAGAUAAUAAACUAUAACAAAAUUGUAAUACUACUAAAAAUAAUGAUUUGAUUAUUUCUCCUAAGAAAUAGCUUAAAGCUGUUUCAUCUUACUAAAAUUUAUUAGAUUAUAAUAUUAAUUCUAGUAGGCCUUUUAAUAAGAAUAAUAAUUAAUCAUAAUAGAAAAUAAGAGGUUCAACUUCAGUCAGUAAAUUUUAAGAUUCAGAAUAGAAGAUGAAGAUUAAAGAAUAAUAAGCAUUAAAUUAAAACAGCGAAUCUUUAUCAGCUACAAUAUAACCUACUUACAAGUUUUUGGUAUAUUUAAAUUAAAUUCUUAAAAAUUUUGAUUAGAUUAAUACUGAAGAGAAGUAAAAAUGCUUUUUUUUAUUGAGAAAAUUGUUGGCUUUGAAAGCUAAUGCUAUUAAAAAGUUUUGUCCUCUCAAUUUUCAAGAAACUCUCUCUUAAUGGAUUGAAAGUUUUGAAUAAUAUCAUGUAAAGGUAGUUCCUGUAUUUUAUACUAAUCAAGAUAGAAAAUUUAAUCAAUAUUUCAAUAAUGAUUUAGAAUAAUUUACAAAAGGAUUUUCAAAAUUAUUAUAUUAAAACUUAUAAUAAGUAAAUAAAUAAUUGAAUUCAAAAGAUUUAUUGAUAAUACAAGAAGUAAUCAAUGAUAAUCUUAAAUAAUUUAAUGAUCCUAUCUUAUUUGCAAGAAGAUGGGAGAAUGGUUAAUUGUGA